AUGCUCAGAGAGGAGGGGGCCCGAGCUGGGCCAAGUGAUGCCCGGCUGCCGCCCAAGUGCACCCCUCGUGUCUGGCUUGAAAGAAAGCAGAACCCAAGGCCCCUCAUGCAGGGCCUGCUCGGGUCCAGCACCCUGUGCCGACACACGCUGAGGGCUGCCUGUCCCCAGUCCACAGGGCUGCCCAGCCCAGAGGGAGGGCAGAGGCUCUGGGCUCUGGGCUCCGGUUCUGCAGGGGCGGAGCAGCAGGGCACUGGGAAUAGCCAGCCAGCCCAGCCUGCACGGCCAGCCCACCCCCAGCUCUCCCGAGGGAUAGGGCCUGCAGGCGACCGGGUGGCUCAGCUCAGGGAGCUGCUGCCCCCAGGCGAGAUGGCGGAGAGGGGUCCUCGCUUUCUCCAGGCCAAAGAAGGAGACUCCCAGGGCCCCACGCCAGGAAGCAGCACCCAGGCCCCCAGCUGCAGCUUCAGCCUGUCCACGGGCCCCAGCCCUCCUGAGGACAAGCCCCCAGCUCCACCCCUGCUUCUAACUGCAGCAGCCCCUUCCCUACACCCUGAUGUGGAGGCCAGCGUGUCCACCCACCCAGGCCCAGCGGGAGCUGGCUUCUCUCCAGAGUGCACGGGCUCUGCUCUGGGCCAAGGGCCCAAGGCCGAGAUGAGAGCCACAGCGCCACGGGAACACCAGCCACACUCACUGCCCGGGCUGGAGCAGGGCUUGCCCCCAUCGUGGGCGCCGUGGACGCAAGUGGCCCCGAGUAUCGUCACCGGUGCCACCUGCACCCGGCCCCAGAGCCCAAGUAGCCGGGGCUCCAGAGCGGACCCGGGCCCACGCCUCUCGGGCACCGCUCUGACCCGCGGCCCCCCCGCCCCCCACCCGGUCUGCCGCCUGGGGACAGAGCUGGCUUCAGCCAGGACGGGCACUGCAGCGCAGAGGAGGCCGGACGUGCUUCAGUCCAACGAAGGAGCAGCCUCCUGGCCGCAAGGAGACCAACCGUCCCCAGGCGGCCUCCAGCACACACCGGCCCAAGGGCCUCCCCCGCCCUCGUGGCUGGGAGACCUCCCUUGCUCACAGGGGCUGCCUCAGGAGCCUUCUGGAAGGACUCCAGGGCCAGAUCAGGCAUCCCCCCCAGCCCUGCCCUCAGCCCCACACCCAGCAGAGGACCUAGCCUGA